AUGUCAGGUCUGUUUGUUGUCUCUUGGAUUGAAAGGAUCAAAUUACAGUACCUAGGAGGUUUUUGUGUUUUUUCUGCCAAAUUAAACAAAACUAACCACAAUGGCACCUUAGACUUUAGUAUAUAACAAACAAUCUUUUUCACCCCCAGCCAGUAAUAGUAAAACAUAGGGGAAAAACCCUGAUAUGUAAUAAAACCUCAUUAUAGCAAACAUUUAUUACGCUUCAUUGUAUCAAGAGUCCACUGAUAUUAGGUUAGUGGAAGCAAACAAUAAAUUCCAGCAAGAGUCAUUUCAGCCAAUCAGCAGGCAGUGGAAAACAAUUAGGUGCUGAAAGUUCAAAGUUCAGAUUUCAGUACCUCAUGAUUAAAAAGAAUAUCACGUUAUUUCAUGUUUUCACUUGUAGAUGUAUUAUCAAGGUUAGUCAGAAACAUUACUAUAAAAUUCAUUCAUGGCCAAACAGUAGACCAGUUUAGGGAUUGUGUGAAAUUAGGUUGUGCGCUAGGUUAUGCCUUUGGGAAAGCACUGAUUUAUUCGCUGAAGUACAGUCAUUUCAGUCUAAAAUCCUCAGGUCUUUUUUUAAUUCUCAUUGGCGUAAACAACAUUUUCUGGAAUUUAUUGUUUAAUCCCUUAAAAUCACAUUGUAACUACUGUUAUUGCAUUGUGGGUGGGUGUCACCUGUACAAUGAAAAUUGGUGCUAAGUUUUCUUUGCUAAGGAAAUAAUAUUACACUGUUAUUGUAUUUUGUAUAUAAGAGCAAAGUAGUGCUUACGUCACUAAAAGUAUUAAUAAUAUUAUAGCUACAUUGUAGAAUCUUGUGGUAAUGUUUUACCUAUUGAGGCUACUUUUUUACACUUUCAGCUAUUAGGAAAAACCAUUACUACAAAACAUUAAGCGUUUCAUUAAAAGUUUUUGUGAUUAAUUUUAUGCACUUCAUCUCACUUCAUGUGAAGAAAUUUUUUUUUGUUACUGAAUAGUUUUGGAAUUAGAAAAAUCUUGCAUUGCUAUAUUCAAGAAUUCCUUAUUUGAGAAAUUCAUUUCAUAAAAGUGGCAUUCUUCAUGAAUAUCAUCCUUUUUUUUAUAAUUUUAUAUUUUUUUAUGUUGUCGUUUUAUCAUUUUUAAUGUACGUGUACUUUGAAACUCAGAAAACCGUGAAUACCGUGAAACAUUUCUGGAAUACUAUUGUGUUGCAAAGAAAAAGCCAAUUAGGCCUGAGAAAGCAAAACUGUAAGCCACAGUGGUAAUUAGUUUAUGGUUUUGUGGCUGUGUGCAUGUUCUUUUCUUUGUUGUGAUUGGUCACAACACAAUAGAAAUUCUCGAAAUAUUUCAGGUGUUUUUGUUUUGCAAAUUUUGAUAAAAAAAAUAAUUAAUGUUGAAAAUACCUUAAUGUGCAAUUAUUUAUUUAUGGGUAUAAAAGAGUAAGGUGGGGAAACAUAAUGGAGUUAAUCAGAGGACUUAGUUAUGAAACAGUCUGAUAAAAUAUUAAUAAUGUAGGAUAGGCUGCUCAAAUACCAUAAAAUGAUUUUGAGAUGGAUCAGUUUUGAUUUAUAGCAUCGGCAGAUCCAGGGGACAUUGGUGGGGGAUCUUAGUCCUCUAGGCACAGAGUGUUUUUCCAUUCUAAGAAACAAAGUACUUUUGAACAGAAAUUUGGUACCACCAAGGGACACCUACUACUUUCUCUUUACUUGUGGUUGCUUUGCACUACACCUGUCAAUAAUGAAAUUGCUACAAAAUAUUGUGUGUUGGCAAAGAAGAGAAAAAGUUAUUCAGACACCCCCCUCUCCCCCCUCUGGAAAAAAAUCCUGGGUGGACCCCGAUUUACAGUAACAGAUUCCUGUUUACAGGAAACCUGCAAUGUCAAAGACCAAUAACAUUUAAUGAUUUUUAAAAGACAUUGUUUAAUGAGCAAGGAGUCGACCUCUGCCAUUUUGAGUAAAAUGAGUCAAGCCAAUUUAGAGUGUUUAAACAGUUUAUUUUUGAAGUUGUAAUAUUUGUAAUGUCUCUAUUUAUUAAAAUGAUAAUAUUUGAAAAUAAUGUUCAAUUGUCUUUUUUGGUCGAUUAAUACUAAUUACAGUUGAACCUCUCCAUAACGGCUACCUUGAGGACAGAAGAAAGUUGCCGUUGUACGAUUGGUUUGAACAAGAGUCAGUGUAUGGACUGUCUGCCAAAAAAAUGGCCGUUAUUGGAUGUUCGACUCUAAUAAAUUUUGUCCUGGGCACAAAAUUUAGGACAGCAAAAUUAAGGACGUAAAUUAUCUUAACCGGGGACAAGUUUUCUGUUAUUGUUUUCUGUUACCGUGCCUUGUAGCCGCGUAAGCAGAUAUUUGAGAAGACUUAAGAAAAAAUAUUAUUCCACUUAUGAGGCCUUCCUUCAUUUGUUUUUUUAUUUUAAAAGUUUAAAAUGUAACUGAUUUAUCUAGUCACAGCUUGCGUGGCAAGCAUUUGAAGCGAGGAAACAAUUGAAGCUCGUGAGUUUCCCUUCCCCUUUACCUGGCCUCAACGUAGGCUAGCUUUGUCACUGUUACUGAAACUGACUGAAAAAUAAUAAUAAAGAAAAAUGACAUCGCCGGAAAAACAUUAUUAUCGUAUUCUCACUAGACUUUAAAUUUACCAUCACAUUUUUCUCGUUGGGUAUGUGUCAUCUAUAGACAUUCCAGCCCUAGAGACAUGCAAGAAUUUUUUUCGUGUAAACCUAGUUUAAUGGCAGUUAAUAGCUCUACGAGUUUCCCGUAGCUCAGUUGGUAGAGCAUCUGGACUAGUAACCAGAGGGUCAUAGGUUCGACUCCUGUCAAGAGAUCUCAGAAUUUUCCAGGUCCGUGGCGUCGCCUGUGUAGACUGGAAAAGCGUCAUCCUCUCGUUUUUUAUUUAUAUAUUUAUAUUUAUGUUUUUUUUUCUCAGAAAAUAAUGAUCAAGCUGAUGCCAAGGCUUUUUUUAGCUUUGGUGGAGGGGGUUCAGCUACCAAGUCGUCAGCGAAUACCAUUGACAACGACACAAUUUACAAAAUGAACAAGUCAACCAGAGGAUUUGCUGUCAUUAUCAACAACAAAGACUUCCUUAGAUCUUCGGGAAUGGACCGCUACCCACGUAAUGGCACCGAUGUUGACCGUGAUGCCUUGGCAAAAUUGUUCAGGGCUCUGAAGUUUGAUGUUAGAAUUUACAACAACCAGACCAGGGCUGAGAUCAGAAGAAUCACAAAAGAUAUGGCAACAACUAAUCACAGCUCUUAUGAUGCAUUCAUUUUCUCCAUCUUGACACAUGGUGAAGAAGGUGUGAUUUAUGGCACCGAUGGUACCAUGGCCAUCAAAGAUCUUACUGCAAUCUUUAAAGAUUGCACUACUUUGGUUGGCAAGCCAAAGAUGUUUUUCUUCCAAGCAUGCCAGGGUAAGAAACAUAUAAUUUGAUUUCCUUGUUUGGUGGGUUAGAGCUGCAGUUGAGACAAAAUUGUCGUCUUAACGGUGUAUUUUCAAUUAAUAUUAUGUUAUAAUAUGGUUGCCACAGGUCAGGGAAAAAAAUUUCUUCACGGUCAGGGAAAAGUCAGUGAAGUUUCACUUCGAGUCAGGGAAAAGCUAAAUGUUUGAAAGAACUCAGGAAAAAGUGAAAUUUUAAGAGUACAUUUUUAUUCUUUUCCCUCCACUUUUGCUGUUUUCUAACAUUUAAAAUUCUUUUGUACAUUUUACAGACAUGAAUCGUGUUGUAUUGGUAGAAUAUUGGUCAUGAAAUUGAAGAAUGGCUGUGAGGGGAGGGCAUCAGGUCUAAUAUGCGAAAUUGUUAAUUCAGUUGGUCAGGGAAAUUUUAUAUUUGUCAGGGAGAAGUCAGGGAAUUUCCGAAAUCUCUUUGUGGCUGUGGCAGUCAUUUAUAAUGUUACUAAUUCUUUCUGAAUAAGGUGAUGGCAAAGACAAAUUUUGACUAUCAAUCUAUCACACGCAUAUCGCUUGAAUGCUGAUUUUCCCAAAUUAACGGUUUUCAUGUAAAAGUUUUUUUGUAUGCCAGAUUGAGUACUUUGCUUGUUCUUGCCAGGCAAGAGUGCGACUGGUCAUAUUGAAGAAGAACAAUUUUGAAGAAAAUAACAAAUAUAAUCAUUAUAGUUCUCAAUCUUUGUCAUCCAAGUGUAUUAUACUUGAGAAAUCUGAUUACGUACGAUUCUUCACCACGUAGAAAUUUUGGUAGUGCUACAGUCUUCUUUGGUCCCCGCAGUAGGGUUAACAAAAACUGUUUUCCUUACCAUUUCAAGGGCAUGAGUACAUGGAUGGAAUGGAUGUAACAGAUGCCCCUCAACAGGGAAGCAAAGUGUCCGUGCCAGCGGAAGCCGACUUUGUCUAUGCAUAUUCCACAGUUCCAGGCUACUACUCUUGGAGAAAUUCCGUGAAUGGCUCAUGGUUCAUUCAGUCACUGACAAAGGUAUUUGAGGAGAAUGCUGGAAGCAUGGAUAUCUUAAGAAUGCUGACCAGAGUCAACGCUAUGGUGUCAACGUACAAGUCGCGAACCGGUGAUUAUUACUCUGACAGCAAGCGACAGGUGUCUAGUGUUGUGUCAAUGCUGCGUAAGGAACUCUAUUUCUUUCCAGAGAAUGUAACUAAUCAGAGUUAAGAAUCAAAGGCAGGCAGUGUGUGACUCUAGGUUGAAAAAGUUGUGUUAUUGGGAAAAUUUUUAGCCGUACUGAAUGAGAAUAUCGAAUAUUAUGUCGUUUUGAAAAGCUUGUAUCGCUCAGUCCAUUUUGGAGUUCCAAAACUACUCGCUAUGAAAACGAGGGCAAGUGCAAAACCUUUCAUAUGAAAACGAGUUUGAUUUUACUGAGAAUAGAAAAAGAAUGUUAAGGCGACUUGCAAGUGCUCUAGCUUUUUCUCGUUUUCUUUUUAGGCUCAGACAACACUGAAAAGCAGGAAAAAGAAAAGCUUUUAUCUGACUUGAUACUCAGAAUGUUUUUUCCUAACCCUUCUUUGAUCUUAGGCCCUUUAAUAAGCUCUUCAUUGGGUAGAAGAGUGGGAAGAGGUUUUCUAUUUACCACCAGUAUUUCGAUGUUCAUAAAACAGCAUUUCCGUGUACAAGAGUCUUGUAUAAAGUUAACCAUCUGCCUUUUGUAUAGCCUGGGUAGCAAGCAUUUUUUGGCGCGAACUCGCGCAGCAACGCUUGUUACGCAGCCCAGGUUACGCAAAGGUGAGCGUUUUAUAGUUCUUAUACUCUGCUCUGCUCUACUCUGCUUUUCUUUGUUCUAUGUGUGGGGAACUGGGCACAAGGGUUUUCAUAGUCGGAUUAUCUUCAGUACAAUAGACCUUAUUCACGAUAUUCGAUCUUUGAACGCGCUUAAGGACUGAUGGGGUAAAAGUAAUAUCACGUGGUUUCUCAGGGUGCAAACAAAUGAUAUAUUCUGCCAAUACAAGAAAUCGCAGUCGAGUUUGGUUAUUCUAGACAACCGAAAAUGAAGAGAUUGCUAUCUAAAGACGAUAAUAGAAAAUUAUGGAUGGAAGUGGUCACUGCCACUUUUAUGGAUGCAGGAACGAGAAUAGAUGUCCCUACAGCGGUAAUGACGUAUAACUUGUCGGAACUCGAACUGUACAUUGGCAAGGCUAAAAUCGUCGUCUCGUUUUGAGAGAAUAUACAAACUCAACCGUGCUUGCUCGUAUUGGCAAAUUUUAUCAGUUGUUUGCCCUCUUGGAUAGCACGUGACACUGCUUUUAUCCCAACAUUCCUAAAGCGCGGGCAAAGAUGGCGGCGGGUAUCGUGAAUAAGGUCUAUUCAAGGUUGUCUGGUCUAGUGAAAUACACAGGUGUAUAAUAGCUUAGCUAGAGGAAUUUAAUACUACAGAGAGUUGAUUUAACAGCACACUGUGAAGUUGGCAAUUACCCCAGCUCAGGUUGCUUUCCAUUAUGCCAAAAUUAUCGAAAAUUUCGGUGGCGAAAUAAAUGGAACCGUUCGGUAUCUCCAGAGGUGGUCUUCUUUGACGGGUCUUUCUGGUCUGACCGAAACUUGCUGUUCCUUUUCCAAAAAUUCUCGUUUCCAGCCCUACUGCCUAGCAGUAAUCAAAAUUCUGGUCAAAACGCAAAUGGAUCGCCUUGAUUCGAUUCGAACUUUGUUUCAAUCGAACGGUGUCGUUGCAUUUUCUCUCGAUAAUUCCACCAGUUUCUGACUGUUUGGUUUGGCAAAAUGGAAAGCACUCGUAGAGUCGGUGACCAUUUUGCUAGGUAUAUUGCUCCGCCGAAAAGAAUGUCUGUGUUGUUAGGUAGGAUAUUAAUUGUUCUAAAAGUUCAGAACAUCAACAGGAGAGGAUAAACUGGAGAACAUAGAGUUAGUCCAAGAGCGCUGGCUGGGACCCGCACUAUGGGGAAGUCGGUUUCCCUAGGAGUCCGCAUGCGUUGAUUUGUCGUUGUGAUGGUUGUUGGACCAAAAAUGCUGUGAAGCAACAUAGGACAGCCAUAAAAAGGUUGAUUAUAAUUGUUCAGUAUGCUCAGGCAUUCUCCUGUCAUUGGCCAGAUUGCGGUUAAAAAUAUCAAAGGUUCUCUAUAGCUUUGAAAAAUAAUUAUCGCAGACUUAAAGCGUUUAAGUUUGAAUUGCUGUAAGUACUGUCCCUCACGUCGCAUUAAGUAAAAGUUGAAAUUUUAUGAACAGGGCUCAGGGACCGAUGCAUGUACUUUUUAUCCUCUCUUAACAUUAAUCAUCAUGUCGGCGUGCGAUGUAAAAAGUCGAUGCAGUUAAAGAGGUUAUGUCCAAUCAUGGUGUCUUCCACAGUUUUCGAUCAAAUGUACGAGCCAAAAAUAUAACGAGAUGUUCUCGGCUCUAUUUUCUCAUUCUUGGAACUCUAACUGAAAUUUAUCAAAUGAUUCAAAUAAAGGGAAAGAAAGCAUGGUCAUUUUUUUGAGAUUUUUCGACAACAGAGGAGUUAAACUUGAAAAAGCUGGCUCAGUCUUUUCAAGCUGCCAUUCUGGCCAUCGAAAGGCGAAGACUUUCAGUUAGAGUACUGAAUUAGACCCAUUAUUUCAGAGUUUUCUUUGAUUCCGAUGUGUUUUCAGGGUUUCCAAAUAUCACGGUGACAUAGCUCCUUUAAUGCUUUCAAAAUAUGCAGAGUAAUUCCUGAUAUACAUUUGCAGCCUUUUGGUUUAUUAUACGACAGUAUAAUCAUAAUAGAGAACAGAACGGCUUGAAUACAGAAGUAUUUUGCAUAAAGUUAAAGGACUGAACGGCUAGUUCUUCUUGAUUUUUCUAAUUAAUAGCUUCAGUGUAUAAUCACUUUUCAUUAAAUUUGUAUGAAACACAACUGAACCUGUGAAUGUACUACAUCUAUGGUGUUUUGACGAUUCAGUGUAACAAGCAUAUCUGAACAGGACGAGAAAAACUAGAUUCCUUGCUGACCAUGCAGGAAAACCGGUCGUUUCUUUCACGAAGUCAUUUCAAUAAAAGUCGUUUCGAUACGAGCUCAGGCAAUAAAACUGCAGAAGACGUUCUUCGAUUUCUUAAAGUAUAGUUUGCGC